AUGGAGUCGAAAGGAAAUAUUGCUCCUGAGAAUCAAAAGAAUCGUGCACGAGGCGAAAAUUGGGCCCAAGAGGAAAAGGAUCUGUUUUUGGAAAUAAUGAGGGAGUCAGCGCCUAUUAUAGAGAGUAAAUUUACCGAUACUAAUACAAAUAAAAGAAAGAAUCUGGAGUGGAUUAGAGUACAAAAGAGUCUUAAGGAACUCACUGGGAAAUCCAGAGAUAUCACCCAGUUAAAGGGUUUCUGGAGACGAAAAAAAGUGGCUGCAAAGAAAUCUGUGUCACAACAUAGAAGAGCUUUGCAAACUACUGGUGGUGGAGAAAGGCCAACAUCUCUAGGUGAUGAUCACCUAAAGAUAUUGGAACUCUGCCCAACAGAUUUUGUUAUAGAAGAAAAUCUUUAUGACAGCGAUGCGGUCCCACAACUACAAGUAAGUUUUUGA